AUGCUGUAUCUCAAUGUUGCUGCUUUUGUUAUUUUGUUUUCAUCGUUCAGACUAGUGGAGACUAGUGGAGUCAUCAGAACUAACCCGAUAACUCAUUCUUUCAUUCAAGACGAGUCGUUUGCUCUCUGCGAUGGUCAAAAGGGUUUUAUCCGGUGUACCAAAGGAACCCAGAUUCAGAUUUUAUCUGCAAACUACGGACGAACAGAUGAACACGUUUGUCCUACUGGUAAAAUCAAAACUCGUACCUGUCAUUCGAAGUGGUCCGGAAUCAAGACAAAAUGGAACUGCAAUGGGUAUACGACGUGCCAUCUUCACGCCGCUGUUCAACACUUUGGAGAUCCGUGCCCUAAUUACUCUAAAUAUCUGGAAGUCACAUACCGAUGUGUUAAGGAUCCAAACGCUAUUUCGCACGGUAGAAUUAUUGCAUUUAAUGCAUACGUUACCAAAACACUACACCUUAAAAAGGAUACUCCGGUUAACGUUGUCUACGAUGGCGUAUAUAUUAACCAUGGGAACGGUUACAACAAGCACACUGGUGUCUUCAAAGCACCAUCUGACGGACUAUAUCUAUUUUCUUGGUCAAGUUUUGUGGCCCCAGGAAAGACUUUUGUCGGGGAACUCCUUCUCAAUGGACAAAGAAAAGGACGUGGAAACUGCAACAAUGAAGGAAGCACAGUAUAUACAAAUUGUUCAAAUACAUUUCCACUUGUUUUGAGAGCUGGGGAUAAGGUUUAUAUCCGUACAACAUAUGCAAACUAUCUGCACGCAACAUGGUCCAGUUUUUCAGGAUUGAAAGUAUAAAGACAAUAUACAGGUUUACAUCCGUGUAUGAUUAAAUAAAGCAGAUGUAAAUA